GUUGUUUUCUUUGUUCACUUGCGCGAGGGGGAGAGGGGGGAGAUAAAAAGAGAGAAUUUUCUUCAGAUCUCAAGUAACAGAUAAGAAUGAAAAUCAGGUAGGAGAGACCUGAUCGAUCUUAGCUUUUGUUUUGUAAUUUUAUGAUCGAAAAAGCGUCGAUGCGGAUGAAAUGUUGUGGAAUUUUCUUUAUGGUUUCUGCUGAAAUCCGGUCGGUGCCAAAGCUUCAGGUGUGAAGCCGCUUUCGUGAGUUCAAUCAGAAAGCCCGUAAACAAAGAGGAAGAACAAGGGGAGGAGGAGGUCUGGAGGUGAAGUGAGGUUUUCACUCCAACCGUUGGAAUCUUCUUCCUCUCACAGCUCUAUUUUUUCUCUCAAGCACUGCUCAAUUAUGGAACAUGGACGGCUGCCUUCAGGCUUCAGCCUUCUGACGUGUGAAACCCAUUGAAGGAGGAUCGUACGGAACGACAGUUUUUGCUCGCAGGGUGGAUGCAUUCGGGGGGGUCUUGUAAUCCACUGUUAAACGAGGGUUCGUUAGCGUAGCACUCAGAUUGCUAGAAUUACCGGGGGGAAAUCUCUGACAAACAUGGAUUUCUGCAAAGUUCUCAGUAGAUCUUGCCUUUUUGCAAGUCCAAGUGAGGUUUCUGUUUUGAAUCUCGUUGAAUAGCACGGAAGGUUUAUGAACCCCUGUUCGCGGAAGUUCUGCCGCGUGAAAUCUCUUGGGAUUCCAGUCAAGCGAGCCUGAAGUUAGGGUUUUGUUAUAUGCAAAUCUUUGAAAUUCUGAGACCGGAAAUUUGAACGUAGAGAGUAAAUGUACGGUCUGGGCUGUUAAAGGAGUCAGAAGAAGCUCAAAAGGCGUUACUUGGUGAAAAAUUAGCUUUGCUUUUGUGUAACACUGAAGAUAGGUUGAAAUGGUGAAGAAGCCGAAUAGAGCCGUAGGACUUGGAGCCUGAAAGGUCCGGAAAGCUUUUUGAGCAUCUGUCUCUUUUUAUCAUUCUGGGCUUUUGCUUUUGAAGAGAAGAGGCUUAUCUGUAUUCUUUCCGUAUAGAUUUCUCUGCAAAGUUAUCCUUUCAUCUCUGUUUCGGUGAAAAUUCUUUUGAUUAGUAUUAUCUUGCUGGAAUUUCUCGCAUGAGAGAAAGGCUUCCUUGAGAAAUAGGCAUCAAGAAAGUAUUUUAUGCAUUGAAGAUUGCUGUUAUCAUCUUGAAUGCAAUGAUCACAUUCACCGAUUCCAUGAAAGAACCAGUUAAGGAAACGGAGAAGUGCCUGGAUUCUCAACUCUGGCAUGCCUGCGCCGGAGGGAUGGUGCAGAUGCCACCGGUCAACUCCAAGGUCUUCUACUUCCCUCAGGGCCAGUCGGAGCAUGCUCAUGGGAACGUGGAUUUUGGAAAUUCCCAAAGGAUCCCGGCGCUCAUCCUCUGCAGGGUGGCCGCAGUGAAAUACAUGGCGGACCCUGAGACCGACGAGGUUUACGCAAAGAUAAGGUUGGUACCCCUUAGGAACAACGAACCUGAGUACGAUGACGAUGGAGUUCUUGGGAGCAAUGGAUCUGAGGUUCCAGAGAAGCCUGCGUCUUUCGCAAAAACUUUAACGCAAUCUGAUGCCAAUAAUGGUGGAGGUUUCUCUGUUCCUCGGUACUGUGCAGAGACAAUCUUUCCUCGCCUUGACUAUUCUGCGGAUCCUCCCGUCCAAACUGUCAUCGCCAAGGAUGUUCAUGGCGAGGUUUGGAAAUUCCGGCAUAUAUAUAGAGGUACCCCACGCCGUCAUCUCCUAACAACAGGAUGGAGUACCUUCGUGAACCAGAAGAAGCUCAUUGCGGGGGAUUCCAUUGUGUUCUUAAGAGCAGAGAAUGGUGAACUCUGUGUUGGAAUCCGAAGGGCAAAGAGAGGUGUCGGUGGUGGACCUGAAUCCCCAUCUGGGUGGAACCCAGCUGCUGGAAACUGCGUCUCCCCAUAUGGGGGUUUUUCUGUCUUCUUGAGGGAGGAUGAAAACAAGCUAAUGAGAAAUCCUAACGGCGGGAAUUCAAACUCCGGUGGGGGUUUGAGGGCAAGGGGGAGAGUGAGGCCUGAAUCUGUUACAGAGGCAGCAACUCUAGCUGCCAACGGGCAACCCUUUGAGGUUGUUUACUACCCACGAGCAAGCACACCAGAGUUUGUAGUGAAGGCAUCAGCCGUAAGGGCAGCAAUGAGGAUCCAGUGGUGCUCAGGGAUGAGGUUCAAGAUGGCAUUUGAGACUGAGGAUUCUUCACGGAUAAGUUGGUUCAUGGGAACUAUAUCUUCUGUUCAGGUUGCUGACCCCAUCCAUUGGCCUAAUUCACCUUGGAGGCUGCUUCAGGUAACAUGGGAUGAACCUGAUUUGCUGCAAAAUGUGAAGCGUGUCAGUCCUUGGCUGGUAGAAUUGGUGUCCAAUAUGCCAGCCAUUCAUCUUUCACCCUUCUCACCCCCAAGGAAGAAAUUGCGGCUCCCACAACACCCAGAUUUUCCCCUAGAUGGUCAAUUUCCGAUUCCUCCUUUUUCAGGAAACCCCCUCGGGCCCAGCAGCGGCCCCAUGUGUUGUUUAUCAGACAGCACUCCUGCAGGCAUACAGGGAGCCAGGCAUGCUCAAUUCGGUAUAUCUUUAUCAGAUCUCCACCUCAACAAACUGCAGUCAGGGCUGUUUCCUGCCAGUUUCCAGCGGCUUGAUAACAACACUACCCCACCGUCUAGAAUUCCCAAUAGCCUCAGCCUCGUCAAGGGCAACCCUAACAGCACUGAGAACAUAUCUUGCUUGCUUACCAUGGGGAGUUCCACACAGAGUUCAAAGAAAUCUGACAGUGCAAAGUCGCCCCAAUUCUUGCUCUUUGGACAACCAAUACUUACCGAGCAGCAAAUCUCUCUUAGCUGCUCUGGAGACAUGGUCUCACCAGUUCUUACAGGAAACAGCUCAUCGGAUGGGAACCUGGACAAGACAGCAAACUUCUCUGAUGGUUCUGCAUCUGCCCUUAAUCAACAGGGCCUAGCUGAUAAUUCAUGCCAAGGGUUUCCAUGGUACAAAGAUCGGCCUACAACUGAUCUAAGUUUGGAAACUGGCCACUGUAAGGUAUUCAUGGAGUCAGAGGAUGUAGGUCGGACUCUUGACUUAUCAGUUCUGGGGUCAUAUGAAGAGCUAUACAGAAGGCUGGCCAACAUGUUUGGCAUAGAAAGAUCAGAGAUGCUGAGCCAUGUGUUCUACCGAGAUGCAUCAGGUGCAGUAAAACACACUGGGGAUGAACCCUUCAGUGAGUUCAUGAAAACAGCAAGAAGGCUGACAAUUCUAAUGGAUUCGGGCAGCGACAAUUUGGGAAGGGCAUGGAUCACAGGAUUGCAGAAUGCUGAAAAUGGACUAAACGCAUCUAAUAAGACAGGCCCGUUAAGCAUAUUUGCUUGAGAUAGGAAAAAGUUGGUCCUGUCCUUAAAAGAGAGGUCUUUUUUUUUCUGUGGGGGGGUAGAAGAGAGAUCUCAAAUUUGGGUACUGAAGAUUUUGUUUUGAUGAGUCACAGUGCAAAUUUUUUUUCAUUUUUUCGGUGGACGCGGAGAUCAUUUCAAUAUAUAUAUAUAUAUAUAUAUAUAUAUAUAUAUAUAGGAGUGGAGAGUGGACACACAUUCCUCACCGUCUUGACUGGUAAUUUCUAAAUACAUGACUGUUUCACUUCAUUUUUAAAAAUAGAAUUGUUAUCAUGUUUACUCAUUAAAGCAGUUGAACGCCCUGCCAUAACAAGAAGGCUCCACGGUAUAUAUUGGUUUCUUUCGGAGAGUGGAAGUAAAAAGGAGCUGAAUGCUUUCUGGGAAGUUUCUUCUUUUUAUUUUAAGAAGAGACAUGAUAACAGAAUUGUUGGUUUAUUCAACCCCCUGCAGCUUGGCUUUGCAGUAGUCUUUGUUCCAU